AGUUUAAGAUCAUAUACUGUCAGUGUUACUGUUCAAGGUACAGUCGGUCAACUAUUCAAUUUGCACGAACAAAACAAAACAUUCUUUUUUUUUUGGCAUAUGAAGAAUAUACUAUAUAAAAAGAAGACAAUUAUGAAUUAUAUCUACCUAGUUCAAAGAGUAUUUAUUCUCUUCGGAUCCAUGCUUUGUCAGAUUGGGAAGAUGUUGGGAUUUGAUAAUGUUUCGUAUGAAAAGUACCUAAAUACAUUAAGGAGUCGCGAGGAAAAGAUCGUUUUGUUAGAGAGUCGUGUUAGUGAGUUAACGUUAGUGAUGGCUGCCGAAAAAAGUGAACAGUAUGUUGCAAAUCAACAAAAGAAUGAGGAAAUUGACGAACUACGAAAGAAUUUACAAAAUCUAAUGGACACUGUCGAUUUUUUCAAAUCAUCCGAAAAUCAGUCUUGUAUGGUACAAACAACAAAUAAGAGAGUUGUAAAAAUCAUUCAGAAUCGUAUUAGAGAGAUACGAGAUUUGUUGGUUCGGGACAUAAGUUUAUUGGAAGAUAAUACUUGGUAUGAGGUAAGGGAUAGAGGAGAAAAUAUAGAAGGUCGCCUAAGGGAUUUUAGACAUUCGUUGGAGGAGAAUAAUUUAAAUCCUCAGUUAGUUCAAACUCUAAAAGAUAUGGAGUUGUUAACAAAUAUACGAAAUAAUCGCUAUGAUCUUGUUAAUAAUCUUAUUGGAAAUACAGUUAUUCAUUUGCAAGAAAUUCUGGUAUUAUCUCAAACAACUGAUAAUUGGUCCCAAUGUCGCCUUAAUCCAAUUUCUUGUUAUUAAUUAUUUAACUGUUUAAAACAAAAAAAAAGACUUGACAUUUUUGUUGCAAUAAGUAUAAUUAAGCUCCUUAAGGCGAUGGUAAAUAAUAUUCCUUAAAAAAAAAAUGGCGGAGUUCUUUUUUGAGAAUGUUCUCUUCUUCUUCGUCUAACCCCAGAUACUUUGGAUCAUGUUCAAAAUAGACAAAAAUGCUAAACAGUAAAUUGUAAUUUUGUUUAUUUUUUUUUUGAAAUUAAAAGAAAAAAAUACUUAAUAACAAGGUAAAUAGAAAAUAAAGAAAGAGAACCUUUGGGAAUCUUUUUUAUGUCUUUUUGUCUUUAGGUAUUUUUUUUGGUUUUUAUUUUUACUUUUUUAUUACUUUAUUUUUGGUUUCAUGGAGAAAAAAAAGAAAAAAAAAAGAGAGAGAUGAUAACUUAACAAUUGAAUUGGAGUUUAUUUUAAAUAGUACAAAAUAAAGAAUCCUGUCCUUGUUGGCUUUUUUUUCUGAUUUGUAUCUCUUCCUUUCUUCACAAUUAGCCUAUUUAGCUGAUUCGAAGGAUAACUAACUGAUUUACAUAGUUUAUAUCUAACCAAUAUUUCGAUUAAUAAAUUUAUUCAAAAACUAUGCUUUUUAUAAUUAUUUCUACGUGUUAUACUAUCAGUUAAGUGAUACAUUGGAAAUUUAUAGUUUAUUUUCUACUUCG